UAUUUUACACUGUGAAGCGCUUGAGUCGAUCACUACACACUGGAUGUACCUGCUAAAGAAACACCUUUCAAGGCGCCCAAGGUGGAAAAUGGGACACUUCAGUUCCCAACUUUUUAUCUAAUAGGAGUACUGUUUCUUGUUGCAGAGUCUGGAUUGUUGACAUGGCAGUUGACGCGGCCUCCAGUUUUACUUUCUGUCGUCCUGCGGUGGAGUACAGGGCUCUUCCAGAAGACUUUAAAUAUCAGCUGAGUCGUUGUGCAGGUGGAAACCUUACCUGGCAUGAGGGGCAAAGCCGCAAAACAGCCGGCGGCCGAACGGUCAAACUACUCCAGCAGCCCGGAACCGAAGGUCUGCAGAUACGUUCGGGUGAAUCGUACUCUGUUUACCACACCAGCCCCACCUUGCCGUGUCUCUCCAGGCCAGUGGUUUUGUGGUCUCAGCAGGAUGUGUGCAGAUGGCUGAAGAAACACUGUCCGCACAACUACUUGACCUACGUUGAAGCCUUCUCCCACCAUGCCAUUACAGGUCGUGCUCUCUUGAGAUUGAAUGGCGAGAAGUUAGAGCGGAUGGGUUUGGUUCAGGAGACUCUCAGACAAGAGCUUCUCCAGCAGGUUCUGCAACUACAAGUACAAGAGGAAGGGCGCAACUUACAGCUGCUAAGCAGAGGGCUCUCCGGAAACCUGUCAUAGCUUCAACCAUGCGUGGGGCAGUUCUAACAGACUGGCUGCACUCUGAAGGGACAUCAAUGUGUCUGGUCAGGCUGAGGCCAGAGACAUUUGACUGGAGCUGUCAUGGACUGGGACACGGGGACAGGUUUCAGUUAUACAGCUCAACCCCCAUAUUCUCACUACGCUUAAAGAAAACUCACACCAGAUGAGACCUGCAAAGGGAGCUUUCGUGUGCAUCCAUGAUUUAUCCACCCCAAAUCUGCUUCGAAAUGGAAACAUAAAAUGCAGAGGAAUCUUGAAUGCUUAUAUCUGAUAAAGCUGGACCAGCUGGCUGUACCAAAGCUCCCUGGAUUUUGUAAAAACUCAGAUCGGCUUUAAAGUCUACAAGACAUUCUAUGUCUGGUAAAUCUGUCAGAACUUAUGAACUUUUGCCCACAGAAACAGGCUUGCUAACUAUUUUCUGCUGGAAUGUGACCUUGCCAGACUUGCCAGCAAACGUGCCCGUCAAGAUUGUGGAACUACGUAAGCAAAAUGUGUCUGGUUCCUGCAGGUGUUCCAGGAAUCAUUUCACAUUAGAGAUGAAGCUAAAUAAUUCAAACCUGCAUUUGUACUGUAAACCGAACUAGACGGCCUGUUUUAGUGGGUUUGAUUUUUUUCUUAGUUGCUUUUUAACUUAAGAUGAUUCUGUUUCUGGGAAUGCAAAGAUAAAAUGCGUCCAAACUAGUUCCCCAUUUGACAGUGACGACAGCAUUUUCACUGAAAUGAUAAGUAUCUUUGGCCACAAAAGGCUGUGAUUAUGUUGUAUAAAUUACAAAGCUUUGUAAGUGUCUGAGAACUGCAGAUGACACAUGUAAAAAACAGAUGACGUGCUGCAUUGUAGACUCAAAAAAGACUCAAGUGUGGACUUGCCCAAAGGACCACAUCAAAACAUCAAGAUGAUACAGUGUGACAACCUGAAAGUGGUUCGGGACACGCAAAACUGCACAGAACUGUAUUCAUGCAUUAUUAUGUGGAGAGUUUUAUGUGUUAUUAUUUAAGGAGUCUGAUUCUUUAAUUUGGAUUAAGUGUUGUGACACCAUGACUCAGUUUGUGAUAUAUUAGAUUUGAUUAUAUAUUUCCUGUCAGUGUUAGGCAGAAACAUUCCUCUAAUACAGUGGGAAGUGAAUUGGUUUCUAAGAUGUUUUGAAAGACACUUUACAGGCAACAGUUUUCUACUGAAAAAGGCUAAACUACAGCCACAGUUCGGAUUACACAAUGUGCUUUUACCCAAGGGCAGUGCUGUUCAUGUUAAACCUGGAUUGUACAUUUCCAGAAUGCACUGUCACAUUUUCACAUGACAUACCAAAAGAAACAUUUGCAUUUUGUCACAUAUAUUUGUAUGGUUUCCAGAGACCGUUCUAAUUGAUCACAAAUGUUGUAUAUUAAAUUGUGAUUUUAACAUUUAAAUGAAUCAUGUGCAUAUUUGUAUAUCUGACACUCCAUACAGGUAAUUUUGCUUCUCACAUUUUACAUUUAAAAAGUUCUAUUCUAACGUUAUACAUGACAGGUUGUUUGUGAUUGUUAUGAAGCAACUUUUUUCCCCAUUUCUUUUUAUACUUUUUGAGUAUGUGUGUGAUAUGGGAAUUCGUUCAGAGAUAACAAUACUCCAAACAAACUGGAG